AUUUCCGACAAUGUUUUGAUGGAAUAUCGCAUGGUCACCGCGGCCAUCACGACAGCAAUUGUCGUCUUCGGCAUUUCCAGCAAUCUUCUCAAUGUGCUCGCCUUCAUCAAAAUGGGCCUCGCUGACAGCAUCUCCAUAUCUUUCCUGGCCCUGUCUCUGUCAGAUCUCUGCCACCUGCUGCUCUCAUUGGUUGUAGUCAUCUGUAUUGCACUGCUCAGUUUUAAAAAUUUGAUCCUGGGAGCUGACCCUCUGAACGUGUACUUCAUCAUGUAUUGGUACUCGUACAUGUUUUACGACGCCUCGACUUUCAUCACCACCUACAUAGCCAUAGCCAGGUGCUGCUGUGUGGCAAUGCCACUGCGCUUCAAAAACGUCUUUACUCAGCUCCCGACAUCGGUUGCCUUGUUCGCUUUAUUGCUCAUGGGGAUCGCCCUGCGUCUCCCGAUGGUUAUGUUCAAGCAGUUGGUUUGGGUUGUCAGUCCGGUGACCAAUUCGUCGGUGUUAGUCCUGAGAACUACUGGCGACAUGACAUUUGCCAACGUCUUCAACGAUACCGUCAAUCGCAACGCCAUUCCCUGGCUGUGCUUCGUUGUUGUAGCCGUCUGCAUGGUUAUUUUGGGCGCUAAACUCUACAGGGCAUCGAAAUUUCGCCAGAAUGCCAUAACGGUUUCAAAAUAUCUAAAUGUUAGAGACCAUCGUUUUCUUUAUCAGCUAAAGAUAUAAAAGUAAUAGAGUCGGUUGCCCUAGUUUCCGCCAUGUUUAUCACCUUUAAUCUGCCCUUUAUUCUAUACUCUCUCACCCGAAUAGUUUAUCUCCCUUUUUCAUCAGAGGGCCCCUACUCGAGGUUGUUUAGUGUAGUGGUCACACUGAGCCAAGCCUGGGGAUAUCUCGGUGUCUCGGUCAACUCGUUUAUUUACUACAAAUACAAUUCAAAAUAU